AUGCAGCAGAUUGAGCCGAUGGCUGCUAGUGUACCAUUCAUGGUAUGCCCGGGAAACCAUGAACAACACAAUAUGUUCAGUCAUUACUCGCAGCGCUUUCGCCUUAUGCCGAGCAACGAAAUAGAAGGUGUGCAAAGUGUUCACAUUGGUGGACGGUCACAAGAUGCAAAGCCCAAGAAGGUGCCAAAUAACUGGUUCUAUUCCUACGACGUAGGGCUCGUGCACUUUACAGUAAUCUCUACCGAGAUUUACUUUAAGAAAACCCUUGACGUGGACGGAGACGUGAUCGCACGGCAAAAAGCCUGGCUGGAGCAAGAUCUUGCCAAAGCCAACGCAAACCGGGAACAGACGCCCUGGCUUGUAGUUAUUGGUCAUCUUCCCAUGUACUGCACCUCUGACAGCACAAACUGCGGUGAUAAGGCGGCAAUGCUGCGGGACAAGCUUGAAGACAAAUUUUACAUGCACGGAGUCGAUCUUUACCUUUGUGGACACCAGCACAACUACGAGCGAGCUUUUGAUGUAUACAAGUCUCAGACAUGGAAGCGUACUCACAAUAUGCGGGCCACUACGCAUAUUCUCACUGGUGCGUCAGGUCAAUACUUGACGUCUAUUAUGAGAAAAGCGUUUGAAAGACCAAGUGAGGUUUGGGACGCUUUCCGCAACUCCAUCUUUGGGUACUCGCGCAUGGAGGUUGUGAAUGCAACACAUUUACACUGGCAGCAGGUAGAAGCAGACCCUGAGAAUCCAGCAGCACGGGGGCUUUACGGUCAAGUGAUUGAUAACGUGUGGCUUGUACAAGAGCGACAUGGUAGCUUUAACUGUUUACCGUAA